AGUCCAUGUGAGACUUCCUCACCAACAGAGGAGACUCUGGGCUGCUGGAAGUGAAUGCCUUCGGUUUCAACUCUGUUAACUUUAGAUGCAACAGGCAAUAUGCAAAGGCAACUUCUGGUUUGUCAAACGAUGCAUGUCCCUCGUUCCCUCCUCCUCCCGCUGCUGCUCAUCAUCUGUUAUUUUAUGACGGAUUAUUGCAUGGCGUCCCCGAAGAAGACCUCCUGCAGCGUGCACCACGGCAGAGCUGACUGCAGCCACCUCAGCCUCAGUGCGGUCCCUGCAGACCUGCCCAGAAACAUCAGCAGCCUGGAUAUGUCUCACAACAGGCUGAGGGGGAUUCCCCCCAUGUCCCUAACACCAUACCCAGGCCUCACCCACCUCGAUCUGGGCUUCAACAGCAUCACCAAGCUGGACCAGGGUUGGUGCCAGACGCUGCCCAUGCUGCAGACGCUGAACGUGGAACACAACCAGGUGUAUGUGCUGAAGAAGGAGGAGCUGAGCCACUGCACCAAUAUAACACGGCUCAUUCUGGCGAGCAAUAAGCUGAAGCUAGAAGGAGAACCCUUCACUGCACUACAGAGCCUGAAAGUUCUUGAUGUUUCCAUGAACAAGCUGCAGUCAGCCAGCCUCGGCUCUCAGCCUCAGCUGCCAAACCUCGUGAGCAUCAAUCUGGCAUUCAACGACUUCACCGCUCUGAAGAAAGACGACUUUUUGUUCCUUAACUAUUCGUCCUUUCUACAAAUUCUCAACAUGUCGUCUGUGUCUCUAAAAACGUUGGAGCCUGGUUGCUUUACGCCCAUUCAAGGUCUACGUACUUUAUACUUGGAUAGAAGCAAAAUGGGCCCACCUGUUAUUUCUAAACUCUGCUCGGAGCUGUCAGGGACAGCCAUCGAUGCUUUGUUUCUUCGGAAAAUGCAGCUGGUGAAACUCCCAAACACAACCUUCACAGGGCUGCAGAAAACAAAUCUAACCUUUCUGGAUCUGUCCCUUAACGACAUGGUUAACAUUGACGAAGGCUCAUUUCAGUGGCUACCCAGACUUCAAACUCUAAAUUUGACAAACAACAAAAUCAAGCACCUGACCAAGGCUACAUUUCAGGGGCUUAAGAAUUUGAAAAAACUCCACCUGACAAAAGCUCUGGUUAAGAGUAAAACCAUCCCGAAGAUCGACGAUUUCUCCUUCCAACCGCUAAGUAGCCUGGAGAGUUUGAUGUUACAGGAAACUGCAGUCAGUGAAAUCACAGAGCACACAUUCACAGGCUUGACUAGUCUCAGAGAACUCGAUAUGAGCUGGAGUAGUUGUAGCUCACUCAGAAUCAUCACCAACAAAACCUUCGUCUCACUUUCGGGGUCACCUCUCAGAAAGCUCGAUUUGACUGCAACAGCCAUAACACAGAUCAAUCCUUAUAGUUUCUCAGUGUUCAGAAACCUCAUCACUCUGCAUCUAGAUUUCAACUUCAUCAAGCAAACUCUCACUGGAAAAGAAUUUGAAGGCCUGGGCCAGGUGGAAGAGCUUCACUUGUCCUAUAACCGCCAGACAGUCCUUCUGAGCUCCACCUCGUUUGUUAAUGUGCCCAAUCUAAAGGUCCUGACUUUGGGAAGAAGUCUUAAAGCCGAAGCCGUCAACGUGGAUCCGUCUCCAUUCAGCCCACUCCUCAACCUCAGCAUCCUGGACCUCAGCAACAACAACAUUGCCAACAUCAGAGAGAAUAUGCUGGAGGGGCUUGUGAACCUGAAGGUGCUGCAGCUCCAACACAAUAACUUGGCCCGUGUGUGGAAGAGUGCCAACUUAGGUGGGCCGGUGUUGUUCCUCAAAGACGCACAGCAGCUGAUCACCCUCCAGAUGGACAGUAACGGGCUGGAUGAGAUCCCAGUAAAGGGUCUGAGAGGGUUGAAAGACCUCCGUGAGCUCAGCCUGGCCAACAACCUCCUUAACAUUUUUAAGUACUCCGUUUUUGAUGAUCUGGACUCACUGCGGCUUUUGAAUUUACAGAAGAAUCUGAUCACAGCUGUGAGACCAGAAGCGUUCAAAACUCCAAUGAGCAACCUCAGCCAGCUCGUUAUGGGAAAAAAUCCAUUUGACUGCACAUGUGAAAGCAUACUGUGGUUCGUGACAUGGUUGAAUGAAACUAACACGACCAGCGUGCCGGAUCUUGGGGACCAGUAUAUGUGCAACACUCCACUGCAUUACUUUAACCUCUCCAUUAUGGAUUUUGACUCCGCCUCUUGCAAAGAUAUGACCCCAUUCGAGGCGCUUUACAUCCUGAGCAGCACCGUUGUCAUCAUGCUGAUGGUCGGUGCUCUUCUGGUGCGCUUUCACGGCUGGAGGAUCCAGUUUUAUUGCAACAUUUUGGUCAAUCGCACAUUAGGAUUCAGCGACGCUACAGUUGAAGAGGGCAGGGAGUUUGAGUACGAUGCUUACGUCAUACACGCAGAGGCAGACAGCAACUGGGUGGAGCGAAGGAUGGUCCCCUUAGAGAACAAGAACUGCAAGUUUUGUUUGGAAGAUCGAGAUUCAGUCCCUGGCAUGCCGCAGCUUGAAUCCAUCGUGGUCAAUAUAAGAAAGUCCAGAAAAAUCGUCUUUGUCAUCACUGAAAGUCUUCUCAGAGAUCCCUGGUGUGCACGGUUCACAGCCCGUCAUGCACUCCACCAGGUCAUUGAAGCCAGCAGGGACUCGGUGGUUCUUGUCUUUCUGCAGGAUGUUCACGACUACAAGUUAUCUCGCUCACUCUUCCUUCGCAGGGGCAUGCUGCGUCCAUGCUGCAUCCUGGACUGGCCGGUCCAUAAGGAGAGGGUGCCAGCCUUCCACCAGAAGCUCCUCAUAGCACUUGGCAUGACUAAUCGGUUGCAGCAGUGACUCUAAGCCGGGGGUGCCAAACUCAAAUACACAGUGGGCCAAAAUUAAAAACUUGGACAAAGUCGCCAACAUUGAUAUUUAUUGAAAAAAUGGACCUAAACAAGCAGUGGCGGUUCUACACAGGGGCCUCCAGGGGCCACUGCCCCUGUGAAGAAGCCUUUGGCCCCUGCUGUGGCCCCUGUGUCAAAUUAAUAAUAAAAUGGUCAAUUUAUAACUAUAAACAAUGGAACAAUUCUAACCUUUUUUUUGUUCAAACAAUAUCUCAUUGUACACAAAAGGAACCCAGAAUGUGAACAUUGUAUAAUAAUUUAACUCUAUGGAGUCUUAUUGGGCUAUUUUGUCCAUUUUUGAAUCCUUUUCAUGUCUUUACAUGUCUUUUGUAAGUCAUUUUGUGUCUUUUUUUUGGUCAUUUUGUGUCUGUUGUUGUGUCUUUUUUAGUUAUUUUGUGUCAUUUUUUUUGUCAUUUUUAUGUCUUCUGUGGGUUUUUUUUUGGUUAUUCUGUCUUCUCAUUUUGUGUCUUUUUUGGUCUUUUUGUGUCUUUUUCAAGACAUUCAAAGAUUUUGAAUGCUUAAAUAUCAUCUUUGCCAUUUUUUCAUGUGCUAAUGUGCCCCUCUGAUUAAACACUGGCCCCUCCUUGGCCCCCACAGUAAAACUGGUCUAGAACCGCCACUGUAAACAAGUUCAAACGAAAUGGAACAAGCAAAACUUGAUUUAACUUAAUAUUGCAAACAUGCAAAAUCAAAUUUCAAAUAAAACAAACAAACACAUCAAUGGCAUUCAUUUCUUCAAUAAAAUUUAAAUAAAAAUCGUAUGCCUCUUUCUUUAUAUGUAGCCUUCUUUGAAUUUAAAUUUAACAGUAAUCUUUUUCCACAGGCUAAUAAUAAAAGUUAAAAUAAAAUAACAAUAAUAAACCAAAUGACUAAUAAUAAUAUCCUUUAAUGAAUGUGCAACCAUUCAAGCCUUGGACUAGCAAGAAAAAGUGCAUAAAGACAACUUUAACUGUUGCUCAGUUUGCUACACACUGAUCUACUGUGUUCAAGCCAAAACACAAGCAGAGCAUUCUGGGAUUUGUAGUAUUAUUUGCGCUGUAUAAUACCGGCGUGCCAGCUCUAGAAGUCAUUUGGUAUUUCCUCGCGGGCCAAAUAUAAUUAUACUGCGGGCCACGUUUGGCCCGUGGGCCAGAGUUUGACACCUAUGCUCUAAGCCACCGUGAUAAUAAUAAUCACUAAUGCGUGUUCAGUUGUUGGCAAACUGUUUGCCCUCUGUGUGAAUAGUGUGCUUGCUGUAUAUAUGCACUUUAUACUGUAAACAGUAUUGUAUUUACAUUGCAUUGCAGCUGUACAUAAAAAAAUAGUAUGCACAAAAAUGCACAAAUGGCCUAAAUGCUAAUGAGAAAAAAGUGUUGUCUGUAUAUGUGUAUGCACACAUUUUGACAAUCCUUAUUUAGUAACUUACUCCUCAAAUUUCAUAACUUGCAGUUUAAAAGAUCUAGGAUAUAAAAAAGAUUACAAAUGCAGUCAUUUCUUAAUAACGUGUUUGGUUAAUGGUUAAACCUUACAUUGUAAAGUCUAAUAAACUCUAAAUUAAUAAAAUAAGUAUGUUGUAUAUCUCAGUCUUUAUGCAUGGCAGAACAUGAUUUAUUGAAUGUAUAAUUUAGCUGACUUUUUAAUUAAUUGUCUAUUUUUUAUGAGCAGAUCAUGAAUUAGCUUGCUUCAGAGUCUUAUAUAACAUUGUGUUAUUAUGCCAUCAAGUGGUUGUAGUAGGAAACUACAUCAUUUUCUGUGCUUCAAAUACUAAUACUGUACACCAUGUGCACAUAAAGAAGUAGAAUAUAUAUAUAAUAGAAAGGAAUUCACGAUAACGAUAUUAUUGUGAGAUAUUGAUUGAA